AUGAAUAAGAACAAUCCACCUUCUGCUCUCUCAUCAUAUGAUUACGCAUCCGAUUCAAACCCAGAUGUUCUUCAAAGAAUUGAUGCUGGUACAGGUAGAUUCAAGUACGCAACAUAUUAUCUUAUCAAAAGACCAAUGGCUGCUUUUGGCUUCUUUUCAUGUGCUGCAUCAUUCUUUUCAAUGGUUGCUAGUUUAGUGAGUGGUCAAAAUGCUAGAACUGUAAAGUUUUGGAAUACUAGUUUUGUACUUUCAGCUGCUGUUGGAUUAUUAUCUAUUCAAUAUUAUUCUAAUAAUCCUCCAAAAUUUACAAAUUAUGGUGAAGAAGCCAUUAGAAAAGGAAUUGCCAAGUAUUCUAAUGCUCAAAAGAACAAGCCAAAAUGGGAAAAUUAA